AUGUCGACUGGCGACGGCAGCGGCACGGUGGUCCAACCCCGCCAGCACCGGCCCCGCGAGCACAAGCUCCACCGAGCAUCCACGAACCGCCGCGCCCGCAUCCACUCGCGCAUCCAAUCCCUCCCUGGCUACUCGCUCUACUCCAAGCUGGUGGCUGCGGAGCGCAAGGCUGACGAGAGACUGCGAAGGGCAGAGGCUGCGGUGGCGUCGCCAGCACUCCCGCUGUCGAGCUACGGGCACAAGGCCAAGUUGGAGUUUGUGCUGCAGUCGCAGCCGGCGCAAGUCGCGGGCGGUCCGUGGACGCUGCUGAUCCAUGCUCGGCUGGCGGAUGUGCCGCAAGGCAUAGCGCAGAAUCCGGGACUGGCGGCGCUGUUUGAGCGGGUGGUGGUGUAUGUUCAUGCCGGCGAGGACGGGCAGGGCGAGAUCCUAGAGAAGAUCCAGUGGCCAGAUACGACGGGCUCGCAGGAGGCGGCCAAGGGUCAAGGCCUCGCGCUGCAGCGGACGGCGCAUGCGGCGUCGGUCCGGGUCUAUCUCGAUGUCCGCCACGGGUGCCGCCAGUUUACGGCCUCCAAAGAGCUGGAGGCGCUGACCCGGAUGGCUGGCGGGACGCGGACCGCCCUGCUCUCCGCCGUCUUGGACUAUGUGCGGGAGAAGGGGCUGCUGGCGCCGGGCUCACGCGAGGACGUGCUUGCCGACGAGCGGCUCCGUGCGGUCAUCGGCAUGCCGCAAAUCAAGGUGGCCGACCUGCCCAAGGCUAUCAAGCCGCACAUGCUCGCACCCAUCCCGCUGUCGUGGAUUCUACCGGUCACCCGUGAGUCGACCGUCUCGGCCGCCAUCCCGCACAUGAUCCGCGUGCCCAAGGCCUCGAUUGUUCCCCGCGAGGCACUGGACCCUGACGACGAGACCACGGCCGAGCUGAGUGCCGCCGUCGCCCGCGAGCUGCACGCCAUCGACGAGCUCGAGCGGCAGCGCGAGUUUUACGCCAACGUCGUCCGCGACCCACGCGGCGCCAUGGUCAAUUGGCUGGAAGCCCAGGAGGUCGAGCUCAAGACAAUGGCUGCGUCUCAAAAGACCGACCCCGACCUUGCCCGCCGUUCCGAGCACUAUGACGAGCCCUGGAUCCCCUCGGCCAUUUACUCGCUGCUCGCCUCGCACCCGACCAUCCUUCCGCUCGACUUUAAGGACAAGAUGCGCAAGCAGAAGCAGGACGCAGCCAAGGCCGCCAAGGCCGCCAACGCUUCAGCCCGCGCCCAGGCCGAGGCCCGCCGCAUCCAGGCCGCAAAAGCGCAUGCCCAGGCGCAGGCACAGGCUCGUGCCAAGGCGAAGGCGCAGGCGCAGGCGCAGGCGCAGGCGCAGGCGCAGGCGCAGGCGCAGCUGCAGGCGCAGAUGGCGCUCCAGUAUCAGAAGCAGCAGCAGCAGCAGCAGCAAUUCAUGAGGCAGCUGCAAUCGGACCCGGCCCGCUAUCAGCAGUUCAUGCAGCUGCAGCAGAUGCGGCAGGCGGCGCCGCCGUCGUCGCACGCGCCGCCGUCGCAGCCGUGA